UCCACCUUCAUACGGUUCACCUACUCCGCACAUUCGCAACCAUGGCGCGCAAUGCUGAAAAGUCGCAGUCGAUGCUGUUCCGCUUUAGGGCGCAGCAGGCAGCAGAUCUGGGCAUCGUCGACAUCAACCGCACGAAGCGACCGAAAGCCAUCUCUCAGCAAGAACACAUUCCCACCUGUGAGCGAUGGCGCGGGCAAGUGCUCAAGGAGAUCAGUCGGAAAGUCUCCAAGAUCCAGGACCCGGCUCUGAGUGACUUCCAAAUCCGCGACAUCAACGACGAGCUGAACAAGCUGUUCAAGGAAAAAUGGCAAUGGGAGAUGCGGAUACGAGAGCUAGGCGGGCCGAAUUACAUGCGCGGAGGCGGCAAAAUGACUGACGAUGAAGGGAGAGUGAUCGAGGGAGGUGGGAAGGGUUAUCGAUAUUUUGGCCGGGCGCGAGAACUGCCUGGUGUCAAGGAAUUGUUCGAAGCUGCGACGGCAAAACCGGAGAAGGAAGUCAAGGAGACGAGACACGACCUGAGGUUGCGUGUCGAUGCUGCGUACUAUGGCUAUAAUCUGGACGAAGAAGAUGUGACGUUGUUACAACAUGAAGCGCAGAGGGAGAAAGAGGCAUUGGAGGCGCUCGAAGGCGAGGACGACGCUGCAGACGGGGACUUUGAACCUCUGCCCGGCGACGCUGGAGACGGCAUAGCAUGGAAAUUACCUACUGCAGAGGAAGUCGAGGUUGAGCUGUUGGAGAGGCGGAAGCGGAAACUGCUUGACAAACUCUGAAGGUCCUACGAACCUCGAACCACCAGCCAAUCUCACCUUGGGAGACAUGCCUCACCACAGCAGCUGCUGCGUUGUCCCAGCAGAAAUUUUGCUGCGGCGACAACUGGUCUUCGCGCAUCACGCGCCGUGCAGCAGUGAGACGAUAUUGGAUCGACACUUCCUCACUGAAGCUCGCUGAAAUCGCGCAUUCUCAGCAUUGUCUACCUACCGCGAAGCCUGGCAUCCCAACUCAGAGUUCUCGCGAUAGUCAUCGGACAUGCUCGUAUGGGUCUCAUGGUCUUACAGAGCUCCCUUAGUUCCGCUAAGGAAGGCGCCUUGGAACCAUGUGUGGUCGAUCGGGAUAUCCCAGGGUCCGAACCAUGCUCUUCGAAGUUCUGCCAACAGACUCUGCCAGAUUCCAGACAUCUUCCAUCCGCGGAGUUCAUGCCCACGAAGGAUCGUGUAUCGAAAUGCCUCUGGACCAAAUGUCGGCCGCGAGCCUGGAGUAAGAUAGUCAUAUAAGGCGCCUCAGAAGCAUUGACUUGAAAACAUAUAUGAUAACGACCUCCUGUCACGUUCGAGCGUACCCUGGACUUUCACUGCUUCCCUUCCCUUGCUGCAUAGCGUCUGACACGCCAAACGAGCAGCCAAUGACCAGCCAGAAGGAUGUCACUGGAGUCGCCGUGUUGCAUGUACGACCACCACAUUCCGAUGCCUUAUUAUCCCACGA